AUGUUGCCAAUGAUCAAGCGCGCGCAGGAGGUCGCCUCGCGGCCGCUGCAGCUGAUCGCCUCCCCAUGGAGUCCUCCAGCUUGGAUGAAGGACACAGGGCGCAUGCAAGGCGGCGGAACCUUGAAAGAUGAGUUCAAGUCUUCCUGGGCACAGCACUACGUGCUCUUUGCACAGGCCCUUAAGGAGGAGGGUGCUCCGCUCUGGGGAUUUACUGUUCAGAACGAGCCUCAUGCGACCACACCCUGGGAGAAUUGUUUGUACAACGGCGACAUGGAGCGGGACUUCGUCAAAGAUCACCUGGGGCCUGCUUUGGAGGCCAGUGGCCUGGAUCUCAAACUCCUCGUUUGGGAUCACAACCGCGACGAGAUGUUUGCCCGCGCGCACACAAUCUACAGCGACCCGGAGGCUGCAAAGUACAUCUGGGGGAUCGGAUACCAUUGGUAUGGCGAUCCACGCUACGAGUUCUGGCCGGCCAGAGAAGGCAUGACGCUUUUUGACAAUGUGCGGAAGGUCCAUGAGUUGAGACCGGAUAAGCACAUCAUCAUGACCGAGGCCUGCCAGGAGACUGGCCCUCGCAUCGGAGACUGGCAAUUGGGGGAGCGCUAUGCCGAGGCCAUCAUCAAGGACCUGGAGGCAUGGCUCGAGGCGUGGAUCGACUGGAACCUGAUCUUGGACGAGCGCGGGGGGCCGAAUCACGUACAGAACCUGGUGUCGGCACCUGUGAUCUUCGACACGGAGCGGGGGAAGCUGCUGUACCUCUCCUCCUUCUACUACAUCGGCCAGUUUUCGCGGUACAUCAAGCCCGGGGCGCAGCGAAUCUCCACCAGUAGCAGCCGAGACAAGCUCGAGGCCACGGGAUUCGUGAAUCCGGAUGGCUCCGUGGUGGCGGUGGUCCUCAAUCAGGAGGAUUACGAGAUCGGCUUUUGGCUUCAAGUUGCCGGCAGAUCUGUCGAAACUCAGGCUCCUCCUCGGUCGAUAACCACCUACGUGAUUCCAAAGAUCGCAGACCCACCUCCCACUUGGAUGGUGGACGAGACUGCAGAGGAGCAGUAA